CGAUCCGAUGAACGAAACGAAUCCGGCGAGUCCUCAUACUUGUAACGGAAAUAAAAAUAAAGAUGAAAAAAAACUCACUGUAUUGGAAUCCCGUGGAUAUACGGUCGGUAAAACUAUCGGUGUUGGAACUUAUGCUACUGUCAAAGUCGCUAAAUCGAGCAAACAUGGAGGUUUGGUAGCAGUCAAAAUUAUUUCAAAAUUUCAAGCUCCGAGUGCCAAUUUAAGUACAUUUCUUCCAAGGGAAAUUGAAGUUGUAAAAGGAUUACGACAUCCGUAUUUAAUUCGAUUUAUGCAAGCAAUCGAAACAUCUCACAGACUUUAUAUAAUAAUGGAAUAUGCAGAAAAUGGUAGUUUGUUUGACAUAAUUCGUCGUGAAAAAUAUAUAGAUGAAAAUCGGAGUCGAAUUUGGUUUCGUCAAUUAUUAGAAGCCCUUGAUUACUGCCAUAACAAAGGAGUUGUUCACAGGGAUGUGAAGUGUGAAAAUCUGCUGAUAGAUCGCUACUAUAAUCUGAAAUUAUCAGAUUUUGGAUUCGCUCGAGGCUACGUCAAACCCUCGAACAGUGUCGUACUUCUUUGCAAAACAUUUUGUGGAAGUUUUGCAUACGCAUCGCCGGAAAUUUUGCGUAGUAUACCAUACCAGCCACAAUUAUCAGAUAUUUGGUCAUCUGGCGUUGUGCUUUAUACAAUGGUCUUCGGCACAUUGCCUUUCGACGAAUCUAACUGGUCGAAACUUCUCAAGCAAGUACAAAGUAAAGUAGUAUUUCCGAAAUCACCGAAGGUGUCGAACGAAUGUCGCAAUUUAAUUCAGUAUAUCCUCGUACCGCAAGCAGCACGUCCAAAGAUCGUGGACAUUCAGAAAGAUCCAUGGAUUUCAAUUGCAACAACAACAGCUCACACUUCUACGGAAGACAUUUUUCUUGGAGAAUCGUCAAAUACUAAUAAUUUGAAUACCAACUACUCAUCAGAAAAGUUAUCGGAAAGAUCGAAAAAUUUCUUCAGCAGUAAAGAUAAUACAAACAAAAAUAGUGGCACGCAAGAAUAAUUAAAAUUAUUACUUAUUAGACGAGAA